UUUUUUUAUCAUUAUUAUUAUCAACAUGAUGAAUAUUGAACCUGAUAAACAUUUAACUGUCUUGUCUUUGAAUUGUUGGGGUCUUUUUGUUGUUUCUAAAGAAAGAAAGUUCCGUUUACAGGCUAUUGCAGACUACAUAAGUCAACAAGACUAUGACCUUGUUGCUCUUCAAGAAGUAUGGAUGUGGUCUGAUUUUGAUACUAUCAAAGAAACAACAGAAAGUGUAUUGCCUUAUUCAAGAUAUUUUUAUAGUGGUACGCUGGGAAGUGGGUUAGUCUUGUUGUCUCGUUUCCCUAUUGUGUGUUCGAAUUAUGUUCAGUUUACAUUGGCUGGUAGACCACUCAAGAUAUUUCAAGGUGAUUUCUAUGUUGGUAAAGGAUUUGGUUCUGUCUGUGUAGACCACCCAGAUAUUGGGCUUAUCGAUGUCUAUACGACGCAUCUACAAGCUGCUUAUGGAGAUCAAGAUGAUUAUGAAGCACAACGAAUUACAGAGUGUUGGCAAAUAGCCAAUAGUGUCAGAAUGUCUGCUGCACAAGGUAGACAUGUUAUUCUGGCAGGAGAUUUUAAUAGUAUUCCAACCAGCCAUUGCUAUCAACUGUUAAAGCACCAUGGAUUUAUGACAGACAGUUGGCUUGAGAUGCAUCGAGAUGUUACAGACAGUCAAGAAUUAACUGCUUUUGAUUGCAUUCAACAGUUUGGUAUCACUUGUGAUUCACCUAUCAAUACAUGGUCUAAACACUUGCUUAAACAAGAGCCUUAUGCUAAAGAUAUAGGGGAUCGAUUAGACUAUAUAUUCUAUAGAAGAUCCCCUCAACUUCAAUGUCAAUCAUCCCAAGUUGUGAUGUAUGAACCUAUACCCAAUACCAACAAGAGUUAUUCGGAUCAUUUUGGUGUACUCUCUGUCUUUCAGAUCACAAAUCAGACAUCCAGUGCACUCAAUAGUCAGUUUGCUCCCAUAGCAAGUGCUUUAGCCAAACCUACCACAACAGAAUUAGUGCCUGGUCAAUUGAAACCCAUGAUUCGAUUGUUACAAAAGGACCUGUAUAGAGCAACAACAACAGCCAAUGGUCAUCUGUUUUGGUUUGCCUUGUCUCUGUUGAUUGUGUUUGCAACAUGGACAAGUCUGUUGAUUGCACCUAGUAUAUUCAUGAGCAUGUUGAUUGGACUUGUGUUGGUUUUGUUUUCAGCAUUGGCCAUCGUAUUUCUUUUAGUGGGAUUUGUGUUUGGCAAGACAGAACAAAGGUCUCUUAGGCAAUACCUUAAGGAUAUGCAACUUUAUCUUGAUCGAUUAGAGCCUACUUUAAAUACCACACAUUCUUCUUCAGCAAGUCUUCUUAGUCCUACAAAUACUUCUAUCUCUACUUCAGAUGGACUUGUGAUUAAGAACAAAUAAAAUUUUUAUUACUUAAUGC